AUGAAACCGGCGCAGGAUUCUCAGGAAAAGGUUUCUAUUGAACAGCAGUUAGCUGUAGAGUCGAUAAGGAAGUUUUUGAACUCAAAAACUUCUUAUGAUGUAUUACCUGUUUCUUACCGUUUAAUUGUCUUGGAUACCUCGUUGCUAGUGAAGAAAUCAUUGAAUGUUCUUUUGCAAAAUAGUAUCGUUUCUGCGCCAUUGUGGGACUCUAAGACUUCCAGGUUUGCUGGGCUACUAACUACUAGAGAUUUUAUUAAUGUCAUCCAGUAUUAUUUUUCCAAUCCAGAUAAGUUCGAAUUGGUAGACAAAUUACAAUUAGACGGAUUAAAGGAUAUAGAGCGGGCUCUCGGUGUUGAUCAACUAGAUACAGCCUCAAUUCAUCCAUCUAGACCGUUAUUCGAGGCGUGUCUUAAGAUGUUAGAAUCAAGAAGCGGUAGAAUACCACUGAUCGAUCAAGACGAAGAGACCCACAGAGAAAUUGUUGUUAGUGUUCUUACGCAAUAUAGAAUUUUGAAAUUCGUUGCUUUAAAUUGCAGAGAAACACAUUUCCUAAAGAUUCCGAUUGGGGACUUGAAGAUCAUUACCCAAGAAAGCAUGAAAAGCUGUCAAAUGACAACUCCAGUCAUAGACGUCAUUCAGAUGCUUACUCAAGGUCGUGUUUCUUCCGUCCCUAUUAUUGACGAAAACGGCUACUUGAUCAACGUAUAUGAAGCAUACGAUGUCCUGGGCUUGAUAAAGGGAGGCAUCUAUAACGACUUGUCAUUAAGCGUCGGAGAAGCCCUUAUGAGAAGAAGUGAUGAUUUCGAAGGUGUAUACACAUGCACUAAGAAUGAUAAAUUAUCUACCAUUAUGGACAACAUCAGAAAAGCAAGGGUACAUAGAUUCUUUGUAGUCGAUGAUGUCGGACGAUUGGUUGGUGUCUUGACAUUAAGCGAUAUCCUCAAAUACAUCCUUCUGGGUAGCAACUGA